GGGAGGGGAUGGCUGUGAGCCUGUCAGGCCUCCCCUCCCCGCCGCUCUGUGCCUGCGCGGUGGGGUUGCGCUGGGGUAUUUACGGUAAGGUGGACGCGGCAGCAGUGGCAGCUCCGUGUCAGGUGAUCUGAGCAGAGGAGCCGCCUGGAGUCGGAGAGGAAAAUGCAAGAUGGCCCGACGGGGCCGUGAGGGGUUCCCCGCCGCCCCCUCCCCGCCCGGACCCCGGCAGCGCAGGGCCAGCGGCGAGCGCUGAGGCCAGCCCAGCCCCGCCGCGCUAGAGCCCGUCCCCGGGAGGGGGACCGAGCCAUGGGGCUCUGCUACAGUCUGCGCCCGCGGCUCUUCGGGGACCCCGGCGGAGGCGGCUCCAUCUCCAGCGCCGCUUCGGAGCCCGAGCAGCCCGCCGAGCACACGGCCCCCCAGCCGCAGCCGCUCGGGGCCCUGCGGGGAGGCAGCUGCUGCGGGCAGCCGGGGGCCGGGGGCUCGCUCCACCCUGCAGACAAGCUCCGGGGAGAGGCGGACGGGCCGCCGCCGCCGCUGCUGCUGCUGCAGAACGGAGGCGGCAACGGGGCGGCCCCGGAGCAGCCGCCGCUGGCCAAACCCGGCAGCGGCGGCAAACAGCCCCGGCAGCCGCCUCAGCCGGCCGCGCUGCAGAGACCCUGGGAGAAGCUUCGCCUGGAGGAGCGGGAGGCGGAGAAGGAGGCGAGGAAAGUCAGCAAGAGCAUCGACCGGGUGCUGAAGGAGCAGAAGCGGGAGUACAAGCAAACGCACCGGCUGCUGCUGCUGGGAGCUGGUGAAUCAGGAAAAAGCACUAUUGUGAAACAAAUGAGGAUCCUGCAUGUCAAUGGAUUUAAUUCAGAAGAAAAGAAACAGAAAAUACUGGAUAUUCGGAAAAAUGUUAAAGAUGCGAUUGUGACUAUAGUUUCAGCAAUGGGCACUUUAAUACCCCCAGUUCCACUGGCCAAUCCAGAAAACCAAUUUCGAAUGGACUACAUCAAGAGUAUAGCUCCACUUUCUGACUUUGACUAUACACAGGAAUUCUUUGAACAUGCAAAAAAGCUCUGGGAUGAUGAAGGAGUAAAGGCAUGCUUCGAGAGGUCAAACGAAUACCAACUGAUUGACUGUGCACAGUACUUUCUGGAAAGAAUUGACAGCGUCAGUAUGGUUGACUAUACACCCACAGACCAGGAUCUAUUAAGAUGCAGAGUUUUGACAUCAGGGAUUUUUGAAACAAGAUUUCAAGUAGAUAAAGUAAAUUUUCACAUGUUUGAUGUAGGUGGCCAGAGAGACGAAAGAAGAAAAUGGAUCCAAUGUUUUAAUGAUGUCACUGCUAUAAUCUUUGUUGUGGCCUGUAGCAGCUACAACAUGGUAAUAAGGGAAGACAAUAACACAAACAGACUACGGGAAUCCCUGGAUCUCUUCAAAAGCAUCUGGAACAAUAGGUGGUUACGGACCAUUUCUAUCAUUUUGUUCUUGAAUAAACAGGAUAUGCUAGCUGAAAAGGUCUUGGCAGGGAAAUCAAAAAUUGAAGAUUACUUUCCUGAAUAUGUGCGUUACACUGUACCUGAUGAUGCAACGCCAGAUGCUGGAGAAGAUCCCAAAGUUACAAGAGCCAAGUUCUUUAUCCGGGAUGAGUUUUUAAGGAUAAGUACAGCAAGUGGAGAUGGCAGGCAUUACUGCUACCCACAUUUCACAUGUGCAGUGGACACAGAAAACAUCCGCAGAGUUUUCAACGAUUGUCGAGACAUCAUUCAGAGAAUGCAUCUUCGCCAGUAUGAACUCUUGUGAUUGGGAUCACCGUGGAGCCUGUGGUUUUAAAUACUUAGCUCCUUAUUCUCUUGCUCUCUCUCUUUAUACUAUGCCACACAGGGUGGAAGAAAAUACUACAGAAAUGUCAGUCUUUUCAGGUUGUUUACCUUAAUUAUUUAGCCUUUGAGCUGGUUUGCGGCAAGUUUGGGUUUCUUUUCCGCCAUGCUUUUUGGGACUUUUUGUGUGCUUUAUUUUGAUAUGCCACUUCGUCAUUCCACUAAGCCCUUUGGCUACCUCUGUUGCUUUAGAGGUGUGUUUUGUUUGUUUUGGGGGUUUUGUUUUUGCUAAUUGAACAUAACCUGCUAAAUUUUUUCCAGCAGGUUAUGUUAGUUCAAACUGGUAUGUCAGCUGGAUGACACUAAAGUCAUACCUAUCCUUGUGUGGGUCCCUUUUUUACCAUGAUAUUAAGAGUACUUGAUGGGUGAAAAAAGAAUAAUGCACUUUGUAUCAGGUUAUUAAAUACUGUUGAGGAAGUAUACACACAAUGUAGCAGCACCACAAUAUUUAUUACUCUGUCACAGUUUUUAGCAUUACUGAGUUGCAGGUCAACUGAUAAAGUGACCUCCUCUUUUAAGCCGUUACUGGCACAGGAAGUAGAGUAGAUAAUGAGAGGCAUGGUGAAGAUAAGCAAUUUUUCUGGGGUUUUGGGGCUAAGUGCCUCUACACACCUCAGGCAUUUGAAUUACAGCUACUUUUUCAGCCUAUUGCAUCUAGGCAGAAAAUUUACCACCCUCACUUAUGUUAUUUGUGCUGUCCACAAAUGAUCCAGUUAGUUUAGAUCAUUCUUGGACAACAGUCCUCUCCCUAUAUAUAUAUAUUUUUUGUUUUACUGCUGGUUUAUUAUAUUGUACAGACUGUAAAAUGUAAUAUUAUUUUGUACAACUUUAUUGAAGAAAAAUACUUGUAGAAGAUCUUUGUGCCUUGAUUAUGGCUGUACCUGUAAAAUGAGCUAAGAUGUAAGUAUGUUUUUGAUUGCGCUGUACAGCUUGAUGUCAACCUUACCUGCAGCAGUGACUGGAGGUAAGAACUUUAUCUGUAGAGUUUAGGGAUUUUUUUCUGGUUUAUAUAAAAACAAUGCUCUUUAGUAUGAAAAAUAUAAAUUAUGCAAAUUAACCACUUACCUUUUCAAGUAAGGUAUUACAGUCACCGGAUGUUGCAGCAACAUGCCUUUCUCUUUUGAAAUCUCAGCUUUAAAACAUUGGAAUUCAUUCAAGUGUCCAAAUUGCAACCUGGUGUUGUUUUAAUGGGAAUCAAGGAUUUUUUUUCCUUUAACUUUAGAAAAUAUGUUUAGUAAUUCUUUGGUCAUUCAUAGUACAUCACAAUUGCACAGGCCGAUUGUGAAUGUGUAAAGCACCAUUAUAUAGAGCUCGUCAAUCUUUGUACCAACAGCAGCUUUCAUUGUGCAAGUAAAUAGCAAGAAGGGGGGGUGGGGGGAGAGGAGGUAUAAACCCUUGUGUCUGGCCUAAGAGAAUUACAAGAUGACAUUUUUAUUUCUCUUUUAAUAAAGAGACAUUAGAAAAUUGUUUUAUUUUAAAUAUUGUAGAAUCAAACUGUGUGAAUAUUUCUCAAACUUGAAUAAUUUAUGCAAAUGACAUUCUCAAAUCAAGUUGUGGUACAGUACAAUAUAUAAAAGCAAGAAUUGCUGUAGCAAUAAGGCAUGUCCUUUUUAGUAACUAUAACACUGCUUUAUAUUUUAUACAUAGGUGUUUUAUGUCUCUGUGAGUAUAUACUUUUCCUGUGUCCAAGAUAACCUGUACAAAUGUCUAAAAUUACAGUUGCAAUAACAGAAACCUAGAGAAGUGUUAGCCUACAUUACUUCAUAGAUUGUUUAAUCACUCCUUGGACUAUCUCCAUCCUUUGUUUUUAAAUUUUAGGGACAAAUUAAGAUCUGAGUUGUUUUCAGGAACACACUAUGAAUCAGAUUUUUAUAAUACAGCCAUGAUUUGUGUUGUUUAUAAACCCAGCCCUCUGUUACUUAAAAUUAAAUUAGAGAAAUUUUAUUUUAAAAUAGGAUAAUUUUAGAGACAGUACAGUAUCUUUGUAAGAUUAUCCUUCCAAGUGAAAUUGCUAGUAGGAUGUAUAGUCUUGAUAUUUCUAUAUUUGAAAUGCAGUUAUGUAUUUCCUAGAAAGUGAAAGGCAGGGGUUAGCUAGUAAUAGGUAUAAUUCCCUAAAUCUACCACUGCCAGUUAUGCAUAGAUUUCCACACCUUCCAAAAUUACUUUAGAAACAUGCAAAAUUUACCUUUUAAAAAGUGGGAAUGAAUAAAAGAAAAAGUAGGCAAACCAAACCACCCCUGUAGGCUAAAAACCCCUGCCUCUGCAGGAGCACCAAAAGGAAAACUGGUUCCUGCUGUGGAAUUUCCUUAUGGUUUUUCUUGUAAUUUCAUUUGUCUAUCCUGUCCCCACAAAGCAGCAGGGAUUCUGGCUUCUAGAUUUUUUGCAACCUAGCUACCCCGUUGGGAGGCUCUCUGCCGCUACGCCAGCUCUGAGGAUUGCUGUGGCUCCAAUGGAGCUCUGCUGCUACAGCUUUCCCCUAUGAAGCAAUCCCCAAAACUCCAUUAAAGUUGACAUUACAGCUCAAAGCUGGCUCUGCAUUAAUAUAACCAAGUUUUGUUAACAUUCUUUUGGAAUCCUACAGGGGCAUAAUAUGCACCUGGUCCCCCACGUGGCUCCAGCAUGAAGCAAUGGGAAAAUGUUCCUGCAGCAGUAUCUGACCACCUUUGUUGGGGAAAACCUCUCCACGCUGACCUCUAGGGUGCAAUAGGGCCCUGUAGUUUAUCAUAGCACAUUUUAUUAAGAAGAGCAGCUUGAGAGGUUCCACCCCUAAUUUUUGGAAGGUCUGAAGUGUUUUGGCAAGUAGACCCUGGAGGGGUGGAAAGAUGGUCUGGCAAACAGGGGAUUACAAUCUCCAACUACUAACUAACACAGCAGGGAUUUCUCCCAAACAACAGUUUUUUGUGUGUGACAGCUUAGAAAUGCUAAGGAAAUCCGCUGAUGUAUCUAUCCCAUUAGAAGAGCAUGUAGCAAUAAAACAUACAGGGAUGGUUCCAGCUUGAAAGACUAUGCCUCCUCCCGGGUAGGACAUACUAGUGCAGACAAGUGCUGAGGAUGUAGGAUUUACAUAAUGUACAGUUACAAACUUUUAGUAUACAUAUUUGAUACAAAAAUUAUAGCAACGAAAUGGACUCAUUUGAUUGUAGAAUACUGUAUUUUUGUACAGCAUGAAAACAGUUCAUUUCAGUUAAUUAUUUAUCCUGUAGUAGUCAUAUCAACUGUGUAGGAUUUCUAUGGUAUGUGUAAAUGCGACCUGCCUUCGGAUUAACAAUCCAAUGAGGUCAUUUGCUGGCAUGAAUAUAGUCUGAUGUUUGACUGUUCUCAGCUUUGGUAUUUCAGUAACUGAAUGCAGAUGUCUGGCUCUUCAUACUGCUUUAUGCUUCCUGAUUAAGUGCUGAGCAAAAUAAAAAGGUGGAUUGAGAAGUUGAAGAUGAGCUAGUAUCAGUACCCCCAGUAGAGCCCCUGCUAUACAGUAUAUAGUGACCACUCUGCUCUCAAGUGGAAGGAAACACUUGUAGAGGGAGAAGUCGGUUGGUGUUAUGCUGCCCUGAAAAAGAAAGAAAGACCAUCAUGCUGUUGCUAAGAGGUUGGGUAUAGGUUUAGUGAUUCUACAUCAAAAACAGCUGUGAUAUUUAAGUUCUACAUUAGGUUGCAGAACCUGGACUAAUAUAGUACCAAUGCCAUGCAGUCAGUCCACUCCCUAUAACACUGGAGACUAGACAUGCUGCAGAGGUAAUGUGCAUGGUUUGAUAGCAACCACUUUAAGGAAAAUCAAAUAGGCAAAAGCACUUGAUUGGAUACCUAGCAGCUGGUAAAAGCAGGACUACUUAGCAAAAGAAACAUGCCAACAGUUAAAUAAAAUACACGGAUUGAGACGGGACUGGGUGGUGUUGUCUGUGGACUAAAGAGUGUAAACCAAAGAGCAAUGAGAUUUGAGUUUCUUUUCCCCAUGCCACAAGAUGCUGAAAAAGUAAACAAACCGAUUUUAGGUUUUGCUAUUUAAAACAGAACUUUUCAAAAACUUGAAUGAUUGUAAAACUGGUUGUUUUCUCCAUCUCUACGUGGUACAUAAUAAAGAAGAUACUGUACAUUGGAACUAUCUGAUGGAGCUUAACCAACAUUCUAAGUGAAAAUUAGAAAACGUGAAUUGAAACUAAUCAGGCAGAUUAUCAGAAGACAUAUGGGAACUUGCCCUCUCUGAAGUGGUUAAUGGGUGAGUCUGAAAGGCAAGAAAGCCAUGUAGAAAUCUGAGCUAGAUAUGGUCUUAUUUUCAUAGUAGAGAAAUCAGCCAAGCAAAACUAGCCUUUCUACUGUUCAGUGCGUGGUACUGAUGAUUUUUUUUUUUUUUACAAGUCAAUAGUUUACCCUGCACCCUCUUUAUAAGAAACUCCGUUACACAUGCUUUUUACGAAUAUACAAAAUAGACCUUUAACAGCACUUCCUUGUACCACACAACCUGUGUGGCUCCCCUGAUGUGCUUUUAAAGUGGAUGCAGUGUAUUAGGUAAAUGUUGGGUUUUGAGGGAGAGCGGGUGUUCUGCCUUUUUAAACAAAACAAACAGGUAGCAGCAGUUCAAUAAAUAGCUGAUUGCCAUGUUGAUUUAUAUUUAUGAAAGUUACCUGACAAAAAUAAAAAUCUUUAAAUUUAC